GGGACGUCAAACAUCCUUCACUGGGACUCACUAUGCGCUGAUGCUCCGCCACAUGCUCGCAUCACUGUUGGCAACACAAGCCUCGCAUCAGCACAGCAAACUCAAACAACAUCUGACCGGCACGAUGGAUGGGCAACAUAAAGACCGCAGGCAGACUCACUUGUGGAUAUUGACGUUACUGAUAUUUGUCUAACCUCUAGCAUUGGAUAAGUCGGUCUUUUCCAACUUCUUCUUCUGGAUACGGGUUGUGGAGCUGGAUCUUGUCCUACGGGCUUUGGAAGAAGGAUUAUAUUUAUUCUGAUUACCUUAUUUGUCAUCAUUCCGUUUUCGCCAUCACCACUUGGAAUAGGAGCGUUUUGUUGGAGGACAAACUGAUUUUUUAAGGAUACGCACAUCAAACUCUAAAGAAUGGCCGUUUGGUUCACCUCUAUCCUCGCAAUAGUUAUACCAUUAUUUACUCAGGUUCUGGGAUCAGGUGUAUUCGAGAUAGAUCUCCAUUACUUUCAGAAUACUAAAGGUUUGCUGGCAAAUGGACUUGGUUGCAGCAUGACUGGCUGCAGGACUUAUUUCAGGGUUUGUUUGAAGAACUUCCAGAAGGUGGUGUCUCCUGGAGACUGUAUAUUUGGCAAAGUCACCACACCUGUUCUGGGCACUGACUCCUUCAGCAUCCAGCAGGACGCCAGGCUGCGUCUGCCGCUCAACUGCACCUGGCCGGGUGCUUUCUCGUUAGUUAUUGAAGCCUGGCAUUCUCCUGCAGCGGACCUACCUGGAGACACCACCAACCCUGAAUUCCUGAUUAGUUAUUUUGCCAUCCAAAGACAGUUGGGAAUAGGGCAUGAGUGGUCCCAUGAUGUGCAGAACGGGACGCAGACGGAGCUAAGGUACUCAUACCGGUUCAUCUGCAAUGAAAAUUACUACGGGGACACUUGUUCCAAAAUAUGCACUCCGAGAGACGACCAUUUUGGCCACUACACCUGCAAGCCUGACGGGCAAAUAGCCUGUCUACCGGGAUGGAAGGGAGAAUACUGCCAAGAACCAAUCUGUCUUGAAGGGUGCAGUGAAAGGAAUGGAAACUGCACAUUACCUGGAGAGUGCAAAUGCAGAGAGGGCUGGCAGGGACUCUUCUGUGAUGUGUGUAAACUCCAUCCAUCCUGUAAACAUGGUACCUGCAAAGAGCGGUGGGACUGCAUCUGCAAGGAAGGCUGGGGAGGCAUCUAUUGUGACCAAGAUCUGAACUACUGCACCCACCACAAACCCUGCAGAAACGGGGCCACAUGUAUGAACACAGGCCAGGGCAGCUACACCUGCACCUGCCUGCCGGGCUUCACCGGGGUUAACUGUGACUUGGAGGUCAGGGAGUGUGACAGCCAGCCCUGUCGCAACGGAGGCCACUGCCUGGACUCUGAAAAUGGCUAUAAGUGUGUGUGCCCACAGGGGUUUGAAGGGACACACUGUGAACACAGGAUGCUGACCUGCGUGGAUACGCCCUGCUUUCAUGGUGGCAAGUGCAGAGAGAGGGACAAUGGGCACAGUUACAUAUGCGAGUGUCCAGCAGGCUACACUGGGCUUAACUGUGAGAGGAAAGUGGAUAAAUGUACCUCACUGCAAUGUGCCAAUGGUGGACAUUGUGUGAGCCACGGUAACCUCCGACUGUGCAGCUGUCGCUCAGGCUUCACAGGUCUGCGCUGUGAGGUCAACAUCAACGAGUGUGCCAACAACCCCUGCACAAACGGCUCCACCUGCAUAGACCGCAUCAAUGACUACACCUGCACCUGCCCCCCAGGGUACACAGGCCGCCACUGUGACAAGCCAACAGACCGCUGCGCCUCUCAGCCCUGCCUGAACGGUGGCACCUGCACCACUGGAGAAAAAGGCCAGCCUACCUGCGUCUGCCCUGCCCAUCACAGCGGCCCCCAGUGCCAGUCCAACGAUGUGCCUUCACCCGACACCCCCAGCUCCAAAAUAGGCUGGGAGUCCAAUGACAAGUUGAGCUUGGCAGCCAUCAGCUUGGGAGUAGGCCUGGUGGCUGUUCUGGUGCUUUUCUGCAUGGUAGUGGUGGUAGUACGUCACGUCAAGAAGCAGAGAAACAAGGAGCAGGACUCAGAGACCAUGAACAACCUCUCCAAGGCUGACUUUCAGAAAGAGAACCUCAUCUCUACUCUAGAGCUCAAGAACAACAAUAAAAAGAUCGAUUUGGAGGUGGACUGUCCCAGGGAAAAGUCUAAUCACAAACACAUCAACCACUACCACCUGGACUAUAAAUCCUCCAUGGGGUACAAAGAUGAACUGUCCCUUUUGGACAAAGAUGAAAACUGUGAAAAGACAAUAAAAGACAAAAAGCAUUUGAGUAGAAUGUACAGUGAAAGGCCAGAGUGUAGAAUAUCAACAAUAUGUUCUUCCAGAGAUUCAAUGUACCAGUCUGUCUUUGUAAUAGCAGAGGAGAAAAACGAAUGCAUCAUUGCAACUGAGGUAUAAUAAAUAUAAGAUAUUAUUCACUGUCAACAUUUCUUGUGGACUGUUUACAAGUGUGGAGAGACUGGGAUUUAUUUAAAUGUAAGUUGCUGCUCUUGAAAACUUGAUAACUGGAUGGAGCCGGUGUGCUUCGAAUUCAUUAGAACUGAAGCUACUAAUCUUUGUGAGAAUGUAAAGAAUGUAAAGACUGAAAAGACUGCGGGAAAUAAUGAGCAAAUCUGACUUGUGGAUGCGCCUUCGAUAUUUUCGUCUCAAAGCCCUUGUCUGCUCUGUCCAAGUUCAUCCGAGGGCUUCAGGCCAAGAUGUUUAUGCCUGCGUGUUGAUUAGAAGAAGAGGACUGCCUUGAUGUACUCCUCCCCACCUUCUUGCUGUAAUCAGCAAUCAACAAAUCAACUUACUGCUAACAAGCCACUGGAUGGAGCCAGCCUUUUCCAUUUUUUGUGGCCUGUAAUGUGCUAUGCAAACAAAAAUCAGCAUUGUGCUAAAUCAAAAAGGGACAAAAACUACUAAAAACGGUUCAUUUUUGAAGGAUGUUUAGGGUUAUCAGUUUUGUAAAUCAAAUCCUUUUUUAAAAAUAAAGAAUGUAUACUGCAUAGAUCACAAAGCCUUAUAUAUGUGUUUAAGAAAAACAUUGUGCCCCGCCUUAUCUUGGAUUCCUUUGCACAGCAAAAUGGAGGUAACAUAAAAAGAUCAAAAGAUGCAAUAUGCUGUAGCUCCAUGCAGGGAAACUCAUGAUAAGGCCUUGUUUUACCUUAUGCAAGAUCACCCUUGAAUAAAGACAAAGAAAUACAUGAAGUGACUAUCAUACCAAGGGAGCCUUCAAAGGAAAUUACUGAACCAAUAAUGUUAUGUUGUAAGAUUAGUAUUUCAUUAGUAAUUUAAGAAUAUGAAGCACUGAUCUUUCUCUUUCUCUGUUUCAUAAGAUUAUUUUGUAUAUACUGUAUAUUUAUAUGUUGAGAUUAGAAGUAUGAAUUGUACAUCUGUUUUUAAGUUGAUGCCCAGAAAAGGUGAAUUUAUUUUUAAAGUGUCGUUGGUGUUUUAUUUUACUAUUUUUUUGUUAUAAAAAAGAAACGAUGAAUACAUAUCUGGUACACUGUUUGUUUGUUGGUCUUCAAUGGUUGAGUGUACAUGUGGUCAAACAGAGAUCCUAAUUUAAAUGUUGGAAUCAUCUAGAAACUCUAUGUGCGUCAGCUGGUGUGGAAGUGGCUUCAUUGUCUAUAGAUACAGUCAUAUAUUUGGCCUGGUAGCAUUUCUAAUGAUUCCAUGUCUAUGUCCAUGACAUCUGUGUCAGUGUGAUGUGAAAUCAAUGUGCUAGCAAUCAUUCAGUGGGCAGUGUUGUAAUUGGCAGCAAUGUACGGAAUUACUCAAACAAAAAGAUAUAUAUUUAAAAAAAAACAUCUGUAUGUGAAAAUAAAAAAUCCUUGUGGUAUUUCUACAGUA